ACAGCGAUCGACCGUCUAAGGCCCGGUCUGGCCCCGUGCUGGUGAUGCGGAAUGGCCGCAAUGAGUCAGCUGAUGUUACGAUUCCUCGCUCGGCAACUUCCAACACCUCUUCCGGACCGGUCAUAAUCGGACAGCGCCAAAUCGUAAUGGCAUGCAUUCUCUUUUACCAUCCAUGCCCCACUUCUGGUCCAAGGGCCACGCCGAUGAGGCGUCGACUAGCUCUGCCAAGGACUUGAAAGAGACCCAGAGGAUCGAAAUCGUGGUGGACAAUCCCUACCUCACGCUCCGAGGGCACGGAUCCGACGUGGAGCCUGGCGUCCUCUCUGGAACGGUUGCGCUCUGCCUCGCUGAGGCGACGGAUCUGCGCUCCGUAACGCUCGAGUUUCGCGGCGAAGCAUACCUCCCGCUGGCAGUCACAUCCAGCCAAGACGCAUUCAUCGGAGAUCCUCCCACAGAGUAUGUUUUUGCCAUCACAAAUGGUCGUUUCUCGAAGGCGGGAAGAAGCACAACCACACUCUCAAGGCGGGCCGACAUCUCUUCCGAUUCGAGCUGCAGGUGGGCGGCAGCUUGCCGUGCAGCAUCGCCACGGACAUCGGCGGAGGAGCGGGGAUCGUGUAUAAGCUACGGGCGGUUGCACAUCGCGCCGGGCUGAGUCAUAACCUGCAAUGCGUCAUACCGGUGCACUGCAUCCGUGCGCUUGUCCCCGACGCAUUGGAGUACCAGCAGACGCGCGAUGUCGAGAGUCUCUGGCGGGAUCAGCUGAUGAUGUCUGUGGCCAUGCCUCAUUGCGCGUGGGGCGUCGGAGACGAGUUCGUGUCGUUGCUAAAAGUAUCGAGGCUGGUGAAAGGUGCCGGACUGCUCAGUGCUACGAUCACUUUGAAGGAGAAGACGCAUAUAUUCGACCGGACUACUUCCUUCACACGACCAGUGGCCAGCGUGUCAUACGACAUUGUUGGAAACAAGGCGGUCUCGGUUGCGCCAGGGACUCCGAGACGCUCGAACUCCCGGUCCAGUGGGGACCGCUCUAUCGCCCAGCACCGUGGCUCACCGUCGCCCAGUAUUCGGGCCUCCACCAGCUCAGCCAGGCCAGAAGCUAAUACGAGCAGUUCCGAUUCAGGUCAUUCGACUGCAGAUUUCCAAGACGAUGAGCACACCGAAUUGGUGAGAAAGAUUCGCGUUGCUGUCUGUGCCGUCUUUGAAGAUAGCUGCAGUCCAUACCUCUUCGGAUGCGGAUUCCUCUGAACCUCACUCCCAGCCACACUCUCGUGCCCCUGAAGAUCGAGCACACGAUGUACUGGACGCUGACAGUGAUGUCGGCGAGCGGAGACAUCCUCGACCUCUCUUGCCAUAUGAAUGUGCAGCUGCUCGACACUCAUCUUCUCAAAGAAGUGCGAUCCCACACUAGGGCUGCCCGGAAGCUGUUGGUUGGAAGUACAAGCUCGCCGCUCACCGGAGAAGACGAUCCGAACUAUCUGCCGAGCUACAUGGCUCAUGUCCGGGACCGGGUUGCGAACAUCUAUCUCACUGAUAACAACUCGAUGCGGGUGCCGAAUCCUUGGCUAAUACUAGGAUUGGAGCCGAUUCCAAAUUCGGACCACGAUACGGAAGUGAACGCACGGGCGAUGGAGCAAGCGGACACUGAAAUUAUCACCGAUGUUGACUCGGAUGACGAUGAGGAGCAACAGUACAAUCGGAAUCCUGUUGCCAUAGACUGGGCCAACUCGGAACUGAUGAUAUCCCAAGGAUUGACGCGUCUGUCAUCUCCGACUCCCAGCGCGGACGAGUUGAGUCUUGCUGGCAGUGGCCGUUCCAUCUCAGACCAUCCCAGUCCCACCAUGGUGCAAGAUAUACCUACGUACACGCAUAACACGCACCAUAACGCAGCCGGUCUUUUCACGAUCAAAAUGGAAUCCGCUAAAGCCCAUUCGCACUGGCCCGCGAUCCCUCAGCGGUAUGAAGCGCUGGGCAAGGAAGCGGUGAAGGAGAUGGCCGACCCGAACCCCCACUCGCCCUUGCGCACAGAAUUGGAGCCGACACUCCUCCCGCGUGCCUUUGUCGAAGUUCCCACAUACGACAGUGCUGUUCAUGCUUUCUGCGGCGCUGUUCCCCCCCUCACUAGUCUGCAAGGCUUGCCGUCCUACCAGGAGGCUGCCCAGAGUCCAGUGUAGAGGACAUCGCAUAUACAAUAUCUGUAGCCUACGCGCAUUCAAUCACCAUUUUGUGAUAACUGCUGGAGACCCAACUAACUCGACGUGCAGUAUAGUAGACACGGUCACUGGUCAGAAUAUGUCGUUGCACAGCCACGCGGACUGCCCGAAAUAGGUAAGAGCAUACGCGUCGCUCUUGUCCACUUGCUCUUUCAACCCACAAAAUGGCAGACUCAGAUUCUAGACGCAACUCCGCCCGCGGGUUCCGUCCAUCGGGACCGGUGCGUGUCGGGCGGAUCGGCGGCUGGUCUUCGGGUACUCCCGCACCCUCGUCAAGCAGCCACAGCGGCGGCCCACGAAUCGGCACCAUGCGCGACAUCGGAUCGGGCGCAGCGUCAUCUGCUCCUCGCCCCCCGCCCGGUCAACACCAGGGGCAAGACCACGACGACGAGGACGACGAGGAGUCGGAUGAGGACGAUGGCGAUGAGCGCCAGCCCCAGUCGUAUUUCGCCGGUGGAGAGCGCAGUGGGAUCAGUGUGCAGAACCCCGACUCUGGCCCGAGGAGGCGCGAUGGGCCCGCAGGGAUGGUGCGGGAUCUCCUGAGACGCGCGGCAGAAGCGGGCCCCUCGCCCAGCAGCAUCGCCGCCACGGCUCCUCCCACCGCGUUCUUCGGCGGCGCGAACACGCUCGGCUCAGAUGAGGUGGAAAGUCGGUUCAUCCCGGACCCUAACGCGGCACCGACUGAAGGCGACGACGGCGACCUGCCCCGCGUGACGCGUUAUCUCACAUUCUGGGCGUCUGGUUUCACUGUCGAUGCGCCCAACGAGCCGUUGGGGAGUGGGACAGGGACAGGCCUGAUGCGAUUCGAUGAUCCGCAGAAUGCGGAGGUGCUCGCUGCGUUGCGGCAAGGACUCGCGCCGCCCGAGAUCCUGAAUGUCCUUUCCGGCCAGCCUGUCGAGGUGGUUUUAUCCGAUCGGUCGCAUGAAGAGUAUGUCCCCCCACGCACGGUUUGGUCCGGUGGAAACAGAUUAGGUGCUGUCGUGCCCGGGCAAUCUUCGUCGUCCUCUUCCAGCUCGGCAAUGCCCGGCUCCUUCACUAGCGCUGCAUCCCCCGUUCAGGCUUCGACCGCUGCUCCAACUGUGGAUGCAUCCCAACCAGUGGCACAGAUUCAAGUACGCCUUGCUACCGGCGGUCGACUCGCCGCGCGACUGAAUCACACACACACCGUGGCCGAUCUUCGCGCUUUCAUUGACUCUCAAGGGGGUGUGCAACAGCAAUACAUUCUGCAGACUACGUUCCCCACGAAGGAGCUGAACGAUGAUCAGACGAUCUCGAGUGCGGGGUUGGCGGGCAGUGUCGUCGUGCAACGGUUGGUUUGAUUAGACACUAGAGGUUUGUAUAGACUUCCAGCUGCCACUCAAUCACGGGCUUGCGCUAUUUCCAUCGAAUGCCAAUGGAUACGGGGGGGAAAGAGGUAUAUCAAAUCUCCCUGUCUGUCACGACGAUCCCAAUCUUAGCCUCGACGCCACCUUCAGCAUGAUUGUCGUGGGUGAUCAAUUCCAGUUCAAGCUGGAGAGCCGAAUCGGACUCGAGGUCUAGCCCCCAAUAGCGGCUGUGCAGAUCCAUGCACACUUGCGUCUCCAAGCGGAUUGAUACAGCACGUCAUGGACGCAUACAGCUGACCACAGGUGUUGCUUGUGAAGUAUGGUGGUUGUGAGGGAACCGAGAGACUUAUCGUCCAUGUGAAAGCCAUUAGAUAGGGAACCGGAUGUCAAAGACAUCUUCAUCUGAUCUGAUGAAAAUCUGGUCCCGCGGAAACUCAUGAAUAGACCGGGGCAAUCCUCAAGGAAAGCUAUACUUGGAAAGUCAUAAAUAAACUCGUAUUGGCCGACGCACGAUGUUUCACAUCCUUUCUGAGUCGAGCUCCCAUCCAAAAAUGUAGUCUCUGCAACAUAGGGAUCAGCCGCGGAUGAGAGUCCAGUCUUUUGG